AUGAUUCAUAGAAGUUCUCGUGCUUUGUAUCUAUUUUUAAAUUUGAUGAGACAAAAUCAUCCAGAAUAUUAUCAAAAUCUGGUAGAAAAAUUAUUUGAAGAUUUUUGGGUGAAAUUACUUUCGUUUACACACACAGCACAUUUUUUUAAGAUUGGCCGUGAAAUUGGAAUUCCUUUUGGAGAGCUAGACAAAACUAUAAUGCAUAUUGAUGAUAGAGAUAAUCAUAGAGAUAUGAUCUCAAGAGAAUUGCAUUUAUUGCUGGAAGAAAGGAUAACAUCAAUUCCUUGGUUACGAAUUGAUUCAAUUCCAAAUAAUCAAAAAUUGUUUGGAUUUACAAAUAUUUUGAGACUUGAACUUUUGGAUGAAUUAAUUAAAACUCCAUUUUAUAACCCUUUAAAUUAUUCAACAGAAGAAAUUAUUUAUAAAAAAGAUGAGGAAGAAAAAACAGUUUUGGAGCAGUGGCUGGAUCGAAAUAGAUUAAAAAGGGCGAUGAAAUUUGUUGAAAAAGUUUAA